AUGGAAGACCUCUUCUCCCUCCCCAUCUUCUUCAUCACCUUCCGCGAGUCCCUCGAGACCGCCAUCAUCGUCUCCGUCCUUAUCGCCUUCAUCAAGCGCACCCUCGCCACCAAGGAUGACCCGGCCCUGCAGCACAAGAUGGAGCGGCAGGUCUGGCUCGGCACCGCCGCCGGCCUCGUCACCUGCGUCAUCAUCGCCAUGGCCAUCAUCAGCGGCAUCCACAGCCUGGGCGCCGACCGCUUCGCCGCCGCCGAGAGCAUCUGGGAGGGCAUCUUCUCCCUCGGCGCCUCCCUCAUCAUCACCGCCAUGGGCGCCGUCCUGCUGCGCGUCACAAAGCUCCAGGACAAGUGGCGCCUCAAGCUGUCCAAGGCCCUGAGCGCCACCGAGUCCCACGACGGGCCCUUCCGCGACCGCCUCAAGUACCUCGGCGAGAAGUACGCCCUGUUCCUGCUGCCCUUCAUCACCGUCCUGCGCGAAGGCUUCGAGGGCGUGCUCUUCAUCGCCGGCGUCGGCGUCAGCGAGACCGCCGCCUCCAUCGCCCUGUCCGCCGUCCUGGGCCUCGCCCUCGGCGCCGUCGUCGGUUACUUCAUCUACAGAGGCUCCAAGACGGCGCCCAUCCAGGUCUUCCUCAUCGUCUCCACCUGUUUCCUGUACCUCAUUGCCGCCGGCCUCUUUUCCAAGGGCGUGUGGCACUUUGAGCAGAACGAGUGGAACAAGAUCGUCGGGGGCGACGCCGCCGAGCUCGGCUCCGGACCCGGGUCCUACGACAUCCGCAGAAGUGUCUGGCACGUCAACUGCUGCAACCCCGACCUCAACGGCGGCGGCUUCUGGGGCAUCUUCAACGCCGUCCUCGGCUGGCAGAACUCGGCCACCGUCGGCUCCGUCGUCUCGUACAACCUGUACUGGGUCGCCGUCGCCACGGGCUUCUUCACCAUGAUCUGCCGGGAGAAGGGCUACUGGCCCUUCGCCAGGAAGGAAGCCAAGCAGGAGCUGGGCCACGAGGGCGACGACCAAGAGCCGCUUCUCAGCCGGCCCGCGAGGUAA